UCUGAAAAAGUUUUUCUGGUGAAAAUUGUUCGAUUUCGGCAAAAAAAAAAAACAUGGACGAGGCUAAGGGAGAUAAAACUAUGCGCUUUCUAUCGCUGAACAUCAAAGACUGCCUCGGCUGCAGCGAUGUGAGCGUGUCGUUCCCCCAAUCGAACAGCGUGCACGUGCUGCUGUACAAGCCGAUGGGGCAGGAGCAGGCCCGCGACACCGUCAAUGUGGCCGUGACGCCUGUGGCACAGGCCAUACAGCUGCUGUGCACUCGGACCUUUCCGGACGCCGAGAGCUUGGAGCGGCUGCCGCUGCUGGAGGUGGGACGCGGCAGCGUUUCCCUGCGCUUUCAGGUGUUGCAGCCCGCACCCUCGGAGGAGGACAGCGACAGCGACUUGGACCUGGAGCCGUCCACAUCGGCGCAGGCAAGAGUGCGUCUCGAGGAGCGGAAGAAACGCCACGAGGCGGCACGUAAUCGCAAGAAAAUCUUCGUAGUCGAAAAGGAGGUGAUGGUCGAGCGGCGAUUCGACGAUCCCCAGAGUCUGGACUGGGUCACCUUUACGGUGAACGGUGGCGAGAUCCUCAAAUGGCAGCUGGACGAGUUCCACGCUCAGUUCUUCGAGGAUCCCCAGUACUCGUCCAUCCAUCUGUGGGAUCUGCAGCACAAGUGCGCCGGCAAUUGGCUGCAGAUCAUCCGGGCGGACGGCAAUGGCUACAAAAACUUUCAGACCCCGGGCAAUCCUUUUGAGAUCUUUGCCAAGCUCUUCGUUCGCAAGGAGCUGGAUGAGGAGGAUUUGGUGUGCAAAUUGGCCGAAUCCUGUAUUACCGUCAACGAGGCCGUACUCCGCUAGGAGCGUCAGUUCGUGAU